CUUGUUCAUCAAUCAUCAAGGGAGAGAAGGCAUACGUCAGUCCAUCAAUGAAGAUGUAAGCCCGAAGAAUACAUAAGCUCGUGGGAAGAAAUCUCAUUCUCUAGGCUCAACGACUCUCUUCUAACAUCACUAGAUUAACAGCUUCAACAAAUAAAUCACCAUGCCUAAGGAAAACGACGAUAUCCGGGACAAGGAGUUCGAUGCUGUCCACGCAUACUUCAUCGGGCCCAAGGGCUCUAACCUUCCCGACUUCAGAGCCAACAUCAACACUAUUCUCGAUGAACUCCUCGCCGCUCGUCAAGCCUACCAUCCCGAAGAUCAAGCCUUCAUCUCCAAAGAAUACCGCCGGUCCCCUGUCUUCCUCAAAGCCAGAUCCGAUCUCCGCCUCGCCACCGAAAAGGUCGCACAACUUCUUGGCGAACACUCAGCCCCCUUCUGGUCACCCCGCUAUGAAGCGCACAUGUGCACUGACCUGACCAUGUCGUCACUCCUCGGGUACUUCAUGACCAUGCUGUAUAACCCGAACAAUGUCGCGCUCGAGGCUAGUCCGAUGACGACGCUUGUUGAACUUCGGGUUGGGCAGCAGUUGUGUAAGCUUUUCGGGUACAAUACGGAUGCGCAGAAAUCUCCGGUUUCCUGGGGUCAUAUUACUUGUGAUGGGACGAUUGCUAAUCUUGAGUCUAUCUGGGUUGCUCGAAACCUCAAGUUUUAUCCACUUAGUCUCUGCCUUGCAUUACGGCGUGGAAAACUUCAGUUCAUUGGAGACAAGUUCUACGCCACUCGGUGUUUUCACGCAUCCAAGAAAACACUCUUCAAGGAUCUUCAAGGAUGGGAUUUGCUGAACCUCCGCUCCGAGGUUAUUCUUGAUCUUCCCAAUGAGCUGAACAAGCAAUUUGGUAUUACCAGCAAGUUCCUCGAGAGCGCCCUCAAUGAGUUCAACAUCCAGACCAUUGGGCGCGAGGUACUUGAGAGAGAGUUCCAUGUCAAGAACCCGAUCAAGUAUUUCGUCAGCAAGACGCGUCACUAUUCUUGGCCAAAAGGAGUUGCCAUUGCCGGCCUUGGCUCGGGCAACGUGAUCGGCGUCGACGUCAAUAACGCUGCGCAGAUCGACAUUAAGGUCCUUGAGAAACAUCUCGAAGAAUGCGUCAAGACCGAAACAGCCGUCUUCGCAGUCGUAGCAAUCAUCGGAUCCACUGAAGAGGGCGCAGUCGACAGACUCACCGACAUCCUCCGCCUUCGUAAGAAGUUCCAAGAGGAGCAUGGCCUAUCGUUCCUCGUUCAUGCUGAUGCAGCUUGGGGAGGCUAUUUUGCCACCAUGGUGAAUCCCGACCGACGCUACAGCGUUGAGGACCAGGGUUCCUCUAAGCCUGAGCCUGAGUGGUACCUCGAUCCCAAGACUGUUGAGGACAUCAAGGCUAUGGCUGAGGCGGACUCGAUUACUGUUGAUCCGCAUAAGGCUGGAUAUAUCCCGUAUCCUGCUGGGAGCUUGGUCUACAAAGAUGGAAGGAUGAGACAUCUGGUCACAUGGUCUGGCCCGUAUCUCUCGCAGGGCUCUGCGGAGAAUAUUGGUGUCUAUGGCGUUGAGGGCAGUAAACCCGGUGCUUCAGCAAUGUCAGCAUGGUUCUCCAACUCAACCAUUGGCCUCAACCAUCAUGGCUAUGGCAAGUUACUCGGCGAAGCAACCUUUACAAGCGCCAGACUCUCAGCUCAUUACGCGACCAUGAUCAACGACGACUUCAUCUGCGUCCCCUUCAACAUGCUCGCGGCAGAGAACAACGGUAGUCGAGGAUUUCUCUCCAAGCCUGUCGAAAAGCAACGCGACAAGAUCCGCGAUCUCAUCAUCGGCAAGAAAGACAAGGACAUCUUCGCCUCCAAAGAAGCCAUGAAGAUCAUUCGAGAUCUCGGUUCAGACACCAACAUCAACUGCUUUGCUCUCAACUGGAAAGACAAAGACGGUAAUCUGAACACUGAUCUUGAAGAGGCAAACUAUCUCAUGAAAAGAGUCGUUGAUAGACUUUCCAUCACUUCUGCUAACACGGAUCCUACCGAGAUCCCCAUCUUCCUGACAUCAACACAGUUUCUCCAUGAGGACUAUGGGUCUUGCGCUCAUAAGUUCAUGGAGAGAAUGGGAGUUGGAAAGUCUAACCAAAGUCUUUUCGUUAUUCGAAACGUAGUUAUGAGUCCAUUCCCGACUCGUCAGAACUUCAUUGACAAGUUGAUGCGCGAGUUUGAGGAAGUCAUUCGCGAUGAGGUUGACAAAGUUCGGAAGAGGAACGACCCUGGUCAGAAGAAGGUCCAGUUCCUUGUGCAGGGCACACCUGGUUCUUCUGAGGUAUUCCUGUCGUUCCAGGCUUCGUUCCACAGCGCGACAAAACGGCAGCAGAUUAUCCUGUCCGCGACUCUUGAUAGUACCUUGAGGGAUUUUCACAAGGAGCUUACUGGGGGUAACCAGGAUAGUAUUGUGAUGCUUGAGUCGACUGAGAAGGUGUUUAUUGAGGAUGUUGUCGAGGUACUUGGUAGCUUGGAUGUCAUCAUGUACGAGAAGGGAACCAAGAAAUACCAUCAGAGAGAUGGAACCAUCACUCUCAACUCAGUAGUCAAGAGCCGCCCUCUCAACUCCAUCCAUCGCGAGAUUGACUAUCCCGCCGAUGUCAUGCCCUUCUACCUCUACGGCAACGAGAAGGAGAUCCACUGCUCACACAUGCUCGUCAAAUCACCCAACAUUUCCCUCGCAGCCAACAACAUCACCUUCAACCCAAGUCUGUCUACCGAGAUCAACCAUCGCCAAUCCGUCGCCGAGCUUCUCGCAGAGGGUAUGAUCCUCGGUCUUUCUGAAAUCCCCGAGGAUUCGAUGCAGCCUUUCGCUGAGAGGAACCAAGACUUGGCGGAGGAGUUCUUCUUCCGUCAGGGCCAAAAGUUCAAGGUCAAGAUUUGGAAGGAUCCUAAGGAUGCUACUGCUCAUGGGCCGGGUUUGCUUGAUGAUCUUGGACGACACUUGUAUGAGGGAGAGAUGACGUUGGGUGAGAAUGUGUUUGUGGAUGCUGAGGGGCCGAAUGAGGAUAAGUUGAAGGAUAGAAAGGUUGAGUCUGACUCGUGGCAGAGAAAGUUGGAUGAGGUUGGAAGCUUGUUGGAUGGUACUCAUGUCAACUGCCAAUAGUCCUUCACUCGGAAAUGUUCAGACCAGCUUUAGCAAUAUGAUUUUGGUAUCACUCCAAUCUAUGUUUAGCAACUUAUUUAGUUCUCUGACCUCCCAUUAGGCCCCGGCUGUGAUCUCAAUAUCAUAUCUUUCAUAGCCACUG